UGAGACUACCGAGAACGGAAAAAAAAAAAGAAAAGAAAGGAAAUACCCAACACAAAACCCCGGCCAUCGUCUAAGCUUCUCAAUUCCGCCGCUCCAAGCGUCUGGUCCGAUUGGAACUCCUAAGGACGGUAAAAAACAGAGGGAAAACCGGGGAAAACAUUGGCAAAAUCAACUGAAGAAAAAGGAAGACGGAAAAAAAAAUCGAAAGAUGGUUGUUAAUGUGAUGCUACAGUAUUUCAUGAGAGAUACAGAUUAAGCUGCCUGGCCAAUUUUAUAGGACUCAAAAAAUAUAUGGUGUCACCUAGAGCAGUUCGAUGCCAGCCAAAAUCCUGAACCAUCACUGGUCCUCUCUUCCUGACUUGCCGACACGCUUUCUCUCCCUACGCUUCAACUCCUGGAGGCUUUCCCGCUCGCUGGCCGGGUGAUGAGUGCGAGAUGGUUGGAAGGCCCCGCAUUCUUCCCUCAAUACUCCUCUGCCAUCACUUCGCCUGCCUUCGCCUCCUCGGUGCUCGAUCGCUCUCCUCCACCUCCAACCAUCACUCCAACAAGCUGCCACCACCGGCUGAGGCAGAGGCAAGAUAUGAUGCCUAUCGCCAGCUCCAGAACCUCGACUUCAUGACCGCCGCCAAGAUCCUCUUCACCACCCCUCCCAAGAGGAAGAAGUUCGGGGUAGGGGUUAGGGUUCGGAUUCUGAGGCUCUUGGACCGCUUGGUUGGGUGCAGGCUUGAUUUCCAUCUCGUGCAGCUCUUCUUUGUCUGCAUGCCUUCGCUAGCUGUAUAUUUGGUGGCUCAAUAUGCUCGAUAUGAGAUCAGAAGAAUGGAGGCGGAAGUGGAGCUGAAAAAGAAACAAGCCGAGGAAGAAGAGAAAGCAAAAGAGGCUGAAGUUAGUUCAGUUGAAGAAGAGCCUGAUUCAGAGCUAUCAAAGGUAAAAGUCAGGUUGGAUGCAUUGGAGGAGGCUGUGAAGGGAAUUGUGGAUGAAAAAAGGAAAAUUUCCGAAUCCAACCUAUCCAAGGAUCAAAAAGUUGGAAAUAUAGAGCGGGUUGUGUCUGCUGGUGAGAAAUCUGAUCCUCAAAAGGUGUUGAAAGGUGGUGAUUCAUCAACAAGCAGAAGUCGGGAGCCUUCGACUAAUACUGGAGUGGACGAAGAGCAUAAGAGAUGCACAAGAAAGGUCUCAGAUGGAGAGACAGGAUCUGGAGAGCCGAAGAAAUGAAGUGAUGCUGGUUUGCAAUGGUGUAACAGCAGCUGCUUGAUGGGCAGUGAAAUGAAUAAAGGAAAACUGUUACAGGAGAAGCAAGGUUUUUUCCAUUGAUAAAUUUUAACCAUUUGCGCAUUUGCUUGUUUGACCCCUAUGAAGUUCCAUUUUUUGAGGUGACGAGUGUCUUGAUUGCCACCAAAAUACAUGUUGAUCGGUAACCUAUAUCCUUAAAGCAGCCUGCUAGAGGUGAUAUUCAAGUGAUCAUUCAUUAUAUUUAUGAAAGGAACCUUGUAAAUUAUUCUGUCAUUAGAUGCGGAUUCAAAAUCUCUUACCAUGAAUCAUGACUCCAGGGAGAGAAUUAUGACUGGUUGGAGAUUGGUAGUAUCGUGCAAUGGUGGAAAACAAGAUACUGUAUCGUGUAUUGUUAUCAGAAUCAGGCCCUCCUGCCUCUGUUGUAAUUUUAGCAGACAAUUGCCCAAUCCUCACUCUUACUGAAUUGAUGGCUUUUAAUGU